UAUAUUUCAGGGUUACACCGGAACAAACUCGGCUGGUUUUUAAUAGUACACCGAUUCCUUUUCCGGCCUCUUUCGACUCGACCGUAGAAAAAGAUGACGAAGGGGACGUCGUCUUUCGGCAAGCGCCGCAAUAAGACGCACACGCUGUGCCGCCGGUGCGGCUCCAAAGCCUACCACCUGCAGAAGUCAACCUGCGGAAAGUGUGGCUACCCUGCCAAGCGCAAGAGAAAGUACAACUGGAGCGCGAAGGCCAAGAGGCGCAGCACCACUGGGACAGGCCGCAUGAGGCACAUGAAGGUCGUCUUCCGCAGGUUCAGGAAUGGCUUCCGUGAGGGAACCGUCCCCAAACCCCGACGGGCUGCAGUGGCUGCUUCCAGCUCCUCGUAAACAACGUUUCUAAUAAAACAAGUGAACAACA